AUGGGCAGCGGAGCAUCCCAAGAUGCUGGAAACGAUGCCGGCUCCGGGGUCUGCUGCUGCAAGGGCAGCAGCCCUCGCGGGGAGAUCUCGGAACCCGGGGUGCAGCCCAAGUCUGCCGUCGAGGUCUUGGAGCAGGGCCUGAACAUGGCCCGCCUUGGACAGGCGGCGGCCGCAGCUGGACAUACAGUGCAGAAUGCCGCGGGCGCUUUGGUGGAAGCUUUGGAGGAUGACCGGAGCUCCGAGUCCGGUGGCCAGGGCCUCUUUGAUGCACCCGCUGCCCCAGAAGGAUAUGCAGGACACAUUUGGGUACAGCUCGAGUCCUAUGCCCACCACAGCCACAUAACAGUGAAGCUUGUGGCUCUUUGCCUCGCUGUGGGGCUGAUUGCAACCUCCGUGCUCGGAAUGCUGGGGCUUUGGGAUGCCAAGUUUCAGGUCUUCGAAUACGUCCACUCUGUCUGGAACAUCGCCUUCGGAGUCUUGAUGAUUCUGAUGGAUGCCACACCCACGAUGCUCGGGAGACAGGCGAAGUGGCAGACCGAGCUUUGGAAGAAGGCCCCCAUCCUGGGAAGAGCCCGGGGUCGGGCCUUGACGCACUUCUACCUGGGGACCAUCAACUUGGCGAUGUUCACGGCCGACGAGGGCUUCAUUUGGAUCCUGAUCCACAUCUGCAUGGGCGGCUCGCUCUGUGCUUGUGGCCUCAUCAUGCUCUUCCACCACCACUGCUACCAGUGCCGGAGACAACGCCACACCAACGCAUCCGUCAAUGGGGCCGCCGCUGCCCAAAAUGCACACCGAGCGCUCGAGAUCUUGAAGGAGGAGGCGGUGGAGGUUCGUGCUUACAUUGCGGCCAACCACUGCAGCGUUCGCAUCUUUUGUUUCUUGGUCGCCCUGGCGCUCGUGGCUUCGUCUGUGCUGGGCAUGAUCAACAUCUUCAAUUUGGUCUUCAGCCCCUUUCAAUAUCUCAUUGGAGUGUACAACUUCUUCUUUGCGCUGGCCAUGGUUGUGCUUGAUGGGGAGUCCUCGUGGUUUCGAAACUGCUGCGACUGCCGAUCCAGGAUUCUUCACUGCCUUCCUUUUCUGGCCACACAGCCUGGCCGCGCGCUGCUGCACUUUUAUGUUGGUACGAUCAACAUCGCCAUGCUGCCUGGAGGGUUCUUGGACAUCGUUUUCGUUGCUGUGGGCGGCUCUCUGAUUCUUUGCUCAUUCCUCAUGCUUCUUCAUCACAACUAUUGUCUCAAGGUGCCCGAGUGGCCGUUUGGCCACUCGCGCACUUAA